AUAUGAAAGCUGGUGGUUCCUUUGAACAUGAGUCUUCAAUAUUCCCAGGUAAGAUGUUUUAGGUUGUAGUUAUUAUAGGAAUUAUAGGACUAUUUCUCUCUAUACCAUUUGUAUUUCAUUAACCUUUGACUAUUGGAUGUUCUUAUAGGCACUUUAGUAUUGCCAGUGUAACAGUAUAGCUUCCAUUCCUUUCCUCGCUCCUACCUGGGCUCGAAGCAGCGUUACCCAUGCAGAGCAAGGGGAACAACCACUCCAAGUCUCAGAGCGAGUGACGUUUGAAAUGCUAUUAGCGUGCACCCCGCUAACUAGUUAGCCAUUUCACAUCGGUUACACCAGCCUAAUCUCAGGAGUUGAUAGGCUUGAAGUCAUAAACAGCUGCUGGCAAACACACGAAAGUGCUGUUUGAAUGAAUGCUUACGAGCCUGCUGGUGCCUACCAUCGCUCAGUCAGACUGCUCUAUCAAAUCAUAGACUUAGUUAUAACAUGAUAACACACAGAAAUACCAGCCUUAGGUCAUUAAUAUGGUCGGAUCCGGAAACUAUCAUCUCGAAAACAAGACAUUUAUUCUUUCAGUGAAAUACGGAACCAUUCCGUAUUUUAUCUAACGGGUGGCAUUCAUAAGUCUAAAUAUUGCUGUUACAUUGCACAACCUUCAAUGUUAUGUCAUAAUUACGUAAAAUUCUGGCAAAUUAGGCGGCCCAAACUGUUGCAUAUACACUGACUCUGUGUGCAAUGAACGCAAGAGAAGUGACACAAUUUCACCUGGUUAAUAUUGUCUGCUAACCUGGAUUUAUUUUAGCUAAAUAUGCAGAUUUAAAAAUAUAUACUUCUGUGUAUUGAUUUUAAGAAAGGCAUUGAUGUUUAUGGUUAGGUACACAUUGGAGCAACGAUACGCACCGCAUCGAUUAUAUGCAACACAGGACACGCUAGAUAAACUAGUAAUAAGCAUCAACCAUGUGUAGUUAACUAGUGAUUAUGAUUGAUUGAUUGAUUGUUUUUCAUAAGUUUAAUGCUAGCUAGCAACUUACCUUGGCUUACUGCAUUUGCGUAACAGGCAGGCUCCUCGUGGAGUGCAAUGAGAGGCAGGUGGUUAGAGCGUUGGACUAGUUAACUGGUUGCAAGAUUGAAUCCCUGGGCUGACAAGGUAAAAAUCUGUCGUUCUGCCCCUGAACAAGGCAGUUAACCCACCGUUCCUAGGCCGUCAUUGAAAAUAAGAAUGCGUUCUUUACCGACUUGCCUAGUUAAAUAAAGUUUAAAUAAAGGUGUAACAAAACAAUAAAUAACUAAAAAUUGGCCAAAUCAGUGUCCAAAAAUACCGAUUUCCGAUUGUUAUGAAAACUUGAAAUCGGCCCUAAUUCAUCGGCCAUUCCGAUUAAUCAGUUGACCUCUAGAACAGAGUACCCCAUGAUGGCGGUGGGGUUACUUUAUGGGCAGGCAUAAUGAAGAGAUAUACCGUUGUCGUGCCAUAUGCAGGCCCAUUGUCGUGCCAUUCAUCCGCUGCCAUCACCUCAUAUGCACGGCACCAUGAUCUUUAAACAAUUCCUGGAAGCUUGAAAAAUGUCCCAGUUCUUCAAUGGCCUGCAUACUCACCAGGCAUGUCACCCAUUGAGCACGUUUGGGAUGCUCUGGAUCAACGUGUACGACAGCGUGUCCAGUUCCCGCCAAUGUCCAGCAACUUUGCACAGCCAUUGAAGAGGAGUGGGACAACAUUCCAAAGGACACAGUCAACAGCCUGAUCAACUCUAUGCGAAGGUGAUGUGUCCUGCUGCAUGAGGCAAAUGGUGGUCAUAUCAGAUACUGACUGGUUUUCUGAUCCACGCCCCUACUUUGUUUUUAAGGUAUCUGUGACCAACAGAUCCAUAUCUGUAUUCCCAGUCAUGUGAAAUCAAUAGAUUAGGGUCUAAUGAAUUUAUUUUAAAUGACUGAUUCCCUUAAAUGAACUGUAACUCGGUCAAAUCUUUCAAAUUGUUGCAUGUUUCGUUUAUAGCUUUGUUCAGUUUAUUUUACAUUUCAACUCAAUACAAGCGAAAAAAAGAAGAAUAGCACGUUAGCAAAAGUUUCAGUGACCUCGUCUCGAUAAGCUGAGGGCAGUGGCAAUAUACAUUAUAAGGAAUAUGUUUCUCCCGUAGCUCCCUUACAGUAGAUGUAACCAGCUCAUUGUGUGUGUCUGUCAGGCUACUGACUACUGAGCCGCCCCAACAGAGUGAGGAGCCGGGGGACCUGCAGUCUCUGUCCUGGCUAACCACCGUGGAUGUACCCAGGCUGCAGCAGAUGGCCACAGGCAGACUGGCCUUCAACAACGCAGGACCCCAGAGCAGCAUACUGGAACUACACACAGAUGGCAGGAUUGCCAGGAAGUGCUGUGCCUGCCUCAGAAUACCAGUCCUCUCCAGCCCACUACUUCCACUCCGCCCAGCAGGCCUACAGCCCAGCUCAGGCUGUGCAACAGCAUUCCCCCAGCAGCCUGUACAACAGCACCUCCUACCAUAACCAGAACCUGUAUGAUCAGCAAGCAGCAGUCACGAGCAUCACCAACCCCCACAGCAACCAGGAUCUGCUACAACAACCCAAGGCCUUCCCUAAACCUAUCUACUCCUACAGCUGCCUGAUUGCUAUGGCCUUAAAGAACAGCCGGACAGGCAGCCUUCCUGUCAGUGAGAUCUACGGCUUCAUGAAGGAGCACUUCCCUUACUUCAAGACGGCGCCUGAUGGCUGGAAGAACUCUGUGAGACACAACCUGUCUCUGAACAAGUGCUUUGAGAAGGAGGAGAACAAGCAGGGAGGCUCCUCCUCUACCUCUCGUAAGGGCUGUCUGUGGGUCCUCAACCCAGCCAAGAUCAACAAGAUGGAGGAGGAGAUGCAGAAGUGGAAACGCAAGGACCUGACUGCCAUCCGCCACAGCAUGGCCAACCCAGAUGAGCUGGAUAGGCUGAUCACAGACCGACCGGACGGCUCCCGGAGAAAGGCCUGUGAUCCCAGGAAGACAUGUGUCCUGUCCAUGCCCUGUGGUCCCCCGCUGUCUGGACAUCUGCAGUCCUCCCUCCCCUUCCACCUCCAGGCCCAGAAUCACACCCUCCUAGGAGAACCCAGCUCCCCUGUACACGCCCGGACCCCUCCCCUCCAUGCUGUCCCAGACUACUCCCACAGCCCCUUCCCCCAGCAGCAGCCCUACAGACACCCCUUUAGCCACAGCUUGUACAGCCUCCACCCAGACGUCACAGCCGAGGUGGACGCUCUGGACUCCAGUGUCAUGGAGUUUGCCGGGAGCCUAUGGGAGGAGAUGAGGGAGGAGGGCUUCAGCCUGGAGUCUCUGGGUACCUUUAACCACUCUGACUGUGAGCUGACUGGCCCCAGCACUGGACAGCCCCUGGUGGACCGACAGGUGUCCCCUCCCAGUACAUCACAACCACAGAGGCCAGGGGACAGGCCAUCACCCAGCUCUGACUUUGACUGUGAAACACUGAUAUACAGUGUAUUAAACACUGAAAUACACCAGGACAGACUAUGGGAAGAUCAUUACUGUUGAAUCUGAAAGUCCCCGCACCAACUGUAUGAGAAUCCUGAACUUUUCUGCACCUGACAGGAUGUCUCGCCCCUUUUAUGUCUGUUUUUUUUGUCUGUUUUUUUCCUGAUUCCUGUUUAAACACCAAAGCACGUAAGAAGCAGCCAAAAUCAACAAGCAUGGGCAUGUUUGAUUGCGUCUGUCAGCUUUUUGGAGUGAUGAGGAUGAAGUGUUUUUGUGUGUGUGGAUCUUCGGCGGUAAAAUACAAUGCCACUUUAUUUCUACGAGAGCCGGAGUCAAUGUUUGUUUCUGUGAAGAUAUGUAGACGUUGUUGGGGAAACUAAUCUGUUAUCUAGGCUUUUCCUUAUGGAGGAAAAGUCUUACUGAUUUACUAGCUUGUGCAAACAAUACUUUUUAUUUUACGGGAUUUCACUGUGGUACUGUAGCUUGAUAGGUUAUGUUUGUAGUACUAUAGUACUACUCGGUAGGCAUUAUCUCUGCAUUUUCUGUGUAUUUAUUUUGGUUCAUUUGUAUUUAUUUACUAUGCUCUGAUUAAAUGCUCCAAAUGAC